CAAAGAGGGAGAAGACAUACUCCGCUACCAGCUUUACCAGCACAAAAGAUUACAACUGCAACAACUUCCACUGUAACCUAUCAGUGUUAUUUUAGCCUUGGAAAGAGCCUCCUAAAAGCCUUUGGAAAAAUGAGUCGAAUCUUCAUUGUGAUUUUUGCCACCUUCCUUGCCAUCACCACCAUGUCAGAGGGCAUGAGUUUGAGAGGCCUUGGCGUGGAGCCUCGAUGCCGUUGCAUCGAGACAGAGAGCCGACGAAUUGGAAAACUGAUCGAGAGCGUGGAGCUCUUUCCUCCCACCCCCCACUGUGAGGACACAGAAAUUAUUGCAACACUAAAAGGCACUGCUCAGGAGAUCUGCUUGGACACCAAGGCUCCUUGGGUUAAGAAAGUCAUUGAAAAGAUCCUUUCCAACAGAAAACCAUGAAACAAGGACCAGCGUUUUGACAAUGACAACCUUUUCCAGCCAAGGCUGCUGAAUCAUGUCCAUAUCCAGCAGCACCACUUCAGCCCCUCAUAUGGAUCCAGCUUUCAGCUACUGAAAUUUUUGGAUGCACACCAGAAAAAACAUACCAUAUUGUCGCAUUUUAAUGUGUCAAAGUAUUUGUGAAGGUUUAUCUAUUUAUAUUAUUUAUUUAUUAACUUAUACUGCUUUUAUUUAUUGUUUAAGAUAAAAACAAUCCUGUGUUUUAGCAGGCUUUGGAUCACACUUUUGUUAUUUUAUAGCAAAUUAGCCCACAUUUAAUAAGAAUUUUUGGUCAUGUAUGAAAUAUUUAUUUAUCACUGUUCAAUGGUCUUCCUCUAAUAAAUU